AAUGCCGAAGAGAAACGUGAACAGUGUGUGUCGAUGUACGUAGGUAGAAAGAAAAAGAAUUUUUUUACGUAGUAAUCGGUCCCGCGUGUAACUCGCAAUACCAAAAACAUCAGACAAUAAUAAAAUGAUACAAUUAGCUGCCAAAGAAAUUAGCUGUGAUUAUUUGUGUUUUUGUGAUAGAAAGUUACAAUGUUUAUAAAAGUAUUAUGUAGUGUUAUCGUGACUAGUUUCAUUGGAAAUUUGUUAAAUGCAUCGCCAAUAGAUCCUGUUCCUCACCCAAAAGUUUCAGAUUUUAACUUGAACUCUUGGAUUCGAUACUAUGAGCCUGCGCAUUACGAUCCAAGUUCAUUAGUGUCGCAACAUAAACGCGUUCGGAGAAGUUCGGGUAGUGAUUCUCGUUAUUUUUUACGUUUUGACGUAAGAGGACACCACAGGUUAUUCAAACUGAUGCUAUAUCCUGACAACGAAGUGUUUGCUGACGAUAUUUCGUUCGAAUCAACGAACGGUAUUAUCGAUUUCGACCCAAGGAUUGUUUACACUGGAAAUUUAGAAGAUGAUGAAAAUUCGGAAGUCCACGGUGUGAUAACUAAAGAAGGUCUCUUCGAAGGCACAAUAUUCACUACUUUUGAAGAAUUCCACAUCGAACCUUUGAGUAGAUAUUUAUCGAUAGAAGAUAUGCAGAACUCUCCAUUCCAUUCUAUAAUUUAUAGAACGUCCGACGUUCAGAAUCUUACAAAAGGACAACCUUGUGCCUCGCAUCGUCUACAUCUCAAAAACUCGAGCAGAAACCAAAACCACCGAAAAAAACGAUGGUUACUAGAAGCCGAAGCUAAACUACCUCCAAAUUACGAUGAUCCUCCAUUAUAUUUCAAUCCAAAUAGAACUAGACGUCCUUUCACACCAAUCUUCGAUCUUAACCAGCCAAUAGACGAAGAACUCGAAAUGUUUUCUAAUAGAACAGCGGUAGAUGCAUCUGGGCUGAUUUUUCGAAAUGUCAACAAACGAGCCACCGUGGAUCCUAAAAAAACUACUUGUAUGCUUUAUUUACAAGCAGAUCAUCAAUUCUUUUCCAAGUAUGGUACUGAGGAGGCUUGUAUUGAAGUGAUGACCAGGCACGUUCAGAGAGUUAACGCCAUCUACAGAAAUACAGAUUUCAAUCAGGAUGGCAGAAACGACAAUAUCACUUUCAUGGUGAAAAGGAUCAAAGUUCAUACGCUUGACGCACUCAAGGACCCUCUUUACAGGUUUCCUAACAAUUAUGGAGUGGAAAAGUUUCUAGAACUUUUUUCAGAGGAAGACUACGAUGCUUUCUGUUUAGCUUAUAUGUUCACGUAUCGCGAUUUCGAAAUGGGAACAUUGGGAUUGGCUUGGACUGGAGAUUUGAAGAAUGCUGGAGGAGUAUGUGAAAAGAAUGGACACUACCGCGGCAGUAUGAAAUCGCUGAAUACAGGCAUAGUGACGUUAUUGAAUUAUGGAAAACACGUUCCUCCUGCAGUGUCUCAUGUUACACUCGCUCACGAAAUUGGACAUAAUUUCGGAUCUCCGCAUGAUCCAGAACAGUGCUCCCCUGGCGGAGAAGACGGGAACUUUAUAAUGUUCGCGAGGGCGACAUCAGGCGACAAGAAGAACAAUAAUCGCUUCUCCCCGUGUAGUCUUAAGAGCAUCAAUCCGGUGCUGAAUUUCAAAGCAAGAUCCCCCAAAGGAUGCUUUACAGAGCCGAAAGCAGCUAUUUGUGGUAAUGGAGUGGUGGAAGAAGGCGAAGAAUGCGAUUGUGGCUGGGAGGAAGAUUGUAGAGAUCAAUGUUGUUUCCCUAUGAGAAGAUAUGCCAGUAUAGAUGAGAUGCCUUGUAAGUUAACACCGAGAAGCGCUUGCAGUCCAUCGCAGGGACCGUGCUGUACGUCUAAUUGUCAAGUCAAAUUUGGAGACAAAUGCAGAGAUGACAAUGGAUGUAGAGAUGAAAGCUUUUGUAACGGCAGAGACCCACAAUGCCCUCCUUCAAUCAAUAAACCAAACAAGACUAUUUGUAACAAGGAGUUCGUUUGUUUCAUGGGGGAAUGCACUGGUUCUAUUUGUUUGGCAUACGGUUUGGAGUCGUGUCAAUGUAUUCCUUCUAAUAACGAUCCAAAAACAAAAGCCUGUGAAUUGUGCUGCAAAUUACCUGGAGAUAACCAACCUUGUUUAUCGUCUUUCGAAUGGAAUGACAUGCCUUACGACAUACCGGAUAUGUAUUCAAAACCAGGAACACCGUGCAAUAAUUAUAUAGGUUAUUGUGAUGUAUUUCAAAUGUGUCGAGAAGUUGAUCCCUCUGGACCUUUGGCAACGUUGAGGAAAUUAUUACUUUCGGAUGAAAGCAUUGCCAGUUUCAAGAAAUGGAUUACCGAUUACUGGUAUGCAGUAGCACUCAUUAUUGCUACAGUAAUCGCACUUUUGGUCCUGAGCACGAAAUAUUUGGGAAAACGACCCAAUCUUAAACUAAAAUCAAUCACAAUAAUUCAUAAGUCACCAACAGAAGCUGUACGUCUACCUCCGGACGGAGAAGGUGUGACGGUUCAUCCGGGAGUCCGCUCUAAACUACCCUUGAAACGUAAAGUCAGAGAUGUUAAAAUGAAGAGGAAAAGAAAGAGCAAAGUAGAAUCAAUAAACAACAAUCUUAACAGUCCAAAUAAACAUCCUAAAGUUUCACCUAAAAAGAAAAAGAGGGUAUCGGCAGCAGUAGUAGCCGAGGAAGUGAAAACAAAACCAGUAGAUACUAAAGUAUUCGAAGUGCCAAGUAAUAAAGUAAAAAAACCAACACAAGCCAAACCGGUCAAAAAGAAGAGGAAGAAGAACGAAAUUAUAGAUUACAGUAAUAUCCAGGCCGAUCAAGAGGGUAAGAAGGGACUAAUUGGAUCGGAAGCUAUACAUACUCCCUUAACUCCAGAAUCGGAUCCAGUUGGAAAAGUUCAAAAUUGGUUGCUCAAGUCACAAUAUGCAUUGCCAAAAUCAAAAUCCACUCCAGUAGGUUUGACAGACAAGACCAGGAGGAGUCCCCACAAACGUCCAACCAUACGCCCUCGUACUGACAAAAGUAAAUCACAUAGCGUGGGCAAUUUGCCGAACGAAAAAGAAAAAGUUCGUCUACAAGUAGUGUACAAACCACCAUUUAAGUUUAGUGUUAAGUUGCGUAAACCAGAGAAAACUAGUGUUAUAAUCGAACGUAUUCCCGACGCGCACAAAGCUCCGAGAACAGGCGUGCUAGUGCGUACGGUUAAAGAAGCGGAAAGCAAACCGCUUCCUCCGCCUCCUAAAAUACCUCUUCCGCCUAUACCGGUGGAAGCGGCUAGGGAACAGAGUGCCGCUGCUAGUGUGGAUGUCGUGGAUAGCGUUAAUUCCAUUACCAACAUUGAUUCCAAUAUUCAUACCGUCCAAUCUGAUCUAGAAGUACUGUUAUCCGAAAGUGAAUUUCUUUUUUCAGAUGACUGAUACAAUUUUACUUAUUAUUAUUAUAAGAUGUUGAUAAUAUCAUUUUGUGAAGGCUGUGGAAAAUCAUUCCGCACUAUCAGAGAUGCUGUUUUAAUUUAUAUUAUUAUUAUUAUUUAAUAUUUUAUUAAUUAAUCUUUGUUCACUCAGAAUUGCUCCUUAAAUUAUCUCUUAAACAAAAAAAUUUUAGAUAAAUUGUGUACUUAAGUGAUAAUAAUCAACAGACGCCGAUAACAAAAUGAACUUAAAAUACAUUGAGCGCCAGUGAAGAAAAUCUUAAACUUUCUCAUCAGUCUUAUAUUUGUAUUUCAAGCUUUUGCUCCCAAUAUCAGGUGGCUUGUUACCUGAUUACUGAUUUCACAAAUUCUACGAUCUCCUGCAGUCCUAAAUAUCGCAGUUUUCUUGGAAUUGUAACACGGUUUCGUAAAUUUUCUGCGAUUCAGUUGGCAAUAAUUUCUGUGACACUACUUUGGCUACUUCCACUUAAUCCAGUGGAGUUACAGAAAACACUGAAGACAUUUUUUACUUUAGAGUUUUGAGAAUAACUUCUAAACAACCACUAAUUUCACGUUUUAAAAAUCAAAUUGACAGGUAUUUCUCAGCUAGCAUGCUAACGUCUGAAAGACGUCACAUUUGAAGUUAUUUUGUUGAUAUUUUGACGAACUUUUGACAUAUGAAUGACGUUCUUUUAACUUUAUAUUGUUAGGUUAAAUGAGGCAUAUUUAGACGUUUAAUAGACGUCAGUUAUAUCUUAGAAUGACUUCUUUAUGACGUUUAAUAAAAACAAUUAUUAAGUUGAAAAAUGUAUUACGAAAAACUUAUAUAUUUAAAAAAUAUAUAUAAAAAAAUUGACAAUUAUUAAUAAUUCGUUUGAUUAAUAAAAUAUUUGAGAAAUAUAAAAUAUUAACAAAACAAAAUACUUACAAACAUAGCAAAAAUUCUGCCUUAUACAGAACUAAAUAGGAUAAUAAUAUGUACAUAAGUAUUAAAAAAUAAACUAAAAAAAUUUACAAUUCUUAUAAUCAGUGAUAUUUUAAGAGGUAUAGUAUUUUAUUUUGAAAAAUAAACCACAGGAAAUUUAAAAAAAUUGAUGAAAUCUUCAUUGGAAUCGAUAGAACGAUCAGUAUAAUUUAAUGUUUGAAGAUGAUUUCAUGCAAAUGUUGGCCGCGGCUCCGCUUUAGAUAGCCCAUGCGCAAGGUCCAAUUUUGGCACAUUCUUUCCAACAUAUCGGUCAGUAUUUCACGAAUAAAUUCUUCGAUAUUGACUUACAAAGCGUAGACUGUAGACAAUAGUCUUACAUGGCCCCACAAGAAAUAAUCCAAAAGCGUUAAAUCACACGAUUUAGGCGACCAACUGUUCACGUUGUGGCAUGUGGCACCUUCUUGUUGAAACCGAAUGUCAGGCAUAUCCAAUUCUUCCAUUUUGGGCAAAAAAAUCGUUAAUCAUCACACGGUAGCGCUCGCCAUUCACAGUAACGUCGCUUUUGAAGAAAUACGGUCCGAUGAUGCCACCAACCCAUAAUCCUUAUAUGGGUGAUUCCGUUCUAACUGUGAUUUUUUGUAUUCAAAAUUUCAAGAUUUUAAAAUUUAACUUUUCUAACUUUUUUAUGCAUAUUAUUCAUCUAUUUUACUGUAAAAAUAAAACUCUAAGAGGAAUUUACUACAACUUCAAAGUAUCACGAGCAAGACACAAAUGUCGGAUUUUGAGUUCCACGGUACUGACUCAUUUAUCCACUUUCAACUUUUCAAUUGAUAAAGCAUUCAAAAUACUGUGUAAAUGUCAAUUUUUCUUAUUGCAAAAUUUCACUGUCCUGAAAUAAUAUAUAUUUUGCAAGAAGCAAUUAUUAUUUUUUUUUUCAAUAUAAUACGAAGAUAUUGUUUUCUGGGAUUGACGUGUUGACGUCGUAUGAAACUGACUUCAAAAAAAGUCUUUUUGAUGUCAGUUGACCAAAAAGACAUCUAAUAGACGACAGCUUGCUACCUGGAUUUAAAUGUCUUAGCAACGCUGGCCUAAUUGUCGCUAUUAAGUACCUACAUACUAAUAACAAGAUUCAAAUUUCACAUAGAUAAUUGUAGAAUAUUGUAUUAAUAUAAUUUUUCAAUAUCAAAUCAUCAAAUCAUCGUUUUUCCCGCCUCAGAAAAAAAAAUUGUGUAUUAUACACGGAAAAAUACUAGAUUUUAAGGUUUUUCUCUUGUGUAAUAAAUAACAAUUGAAUAUUAUCAAACUUUUUUUGAUAUUCAUGUUCUAGGUACUCUAUUAAUUAAUAUAAUUAUGCAAUUGUUUCAUAAAGCCGGAAAUAUCUCGAAACGUCAAGAUUUUUAGUCGUUAAAAAAUAUCAGUGCAAGUUCAAAAUAAUCCUUCAAAGAUCCAAGACAGUCCAACUUAACUAUAAAAAAACAUUUAAAUACGUACUUUUAACUUUCCAUCCCACAGGCGGUGUGAUUUCCCUCGAGUCGGCGCUUGUCGUAACUUUUACCUGAUCAAUUUUUCUUCAUGCGAGUAGAGUUUCCUUUAUAUAAAUGCUAGGAAAUUGCUGUGAGGUUAUGAAAAAUGAUACGUUCAUAGCAGCACCUCCUAUGGGACUCAAAUCAGAUAUGAUUAUGUCAUAACACAAAGCUUUAAUAUCAUCUAUUAUACCCCAAUUUUUUGUCAAAAGAUUAUGAAUGCUCAACCUUGUUUAUCAUCUAGUUUUCUUUAUGCAUAUAGUGUUCUGUUUAUAUAAAUGAAAAAUUAAAUUCAAGUAACUGUGAUUUUAUUAAACAAAAAAUAAGCAGCACAUUCAAUAUCUCAAUCAUUUUUAGACCUGGAAAUGGUUCCUGCAUGUAAAGGAUUGGCAUUGGGAACACAUCAUCUAUACUUAAGAUUACACAUGACCAAAAAACAUCGCGUUUUGAAGGGUCUCCUUUUUUUCUUAGCACUUAUAAUCUAUUGUAAACGUUUAAUGUUAAAUUAAAUGAUGUUUCAUGAGAGUCACAUUUUUGAGUAAAAGUUUUGAAACUUACCUUGGACAAGCAAAUCGAUAUAAAAUUUAUGUAUUAAUGCCGCCGUUCAAUUCAGUGUAAAAAAUUACUAAGCUACACACAAUUUGUCGACUUUAUCCCCGCCUCUGAUUUCAUUGUAUUCCUGAGGUUUUCUGGCGUCAGGAUCCAUUUCAUUGUCGUCAAGUAAUUUUUACAGAUUUAUUUUUCUGAGGGACAUAAGAAAUCGUAAUUUUGUCUUUUUGUAAACCAAAAAACAGGUUUGUUUUUAUCUGAUAAAAAAUCUUUUGGGAAUUCUGCUUUGUUCAUUUCAUUGUGCCCAAAACUUCCGCUUUGAGUUUUCUAUCAAAGUUACUAGAUGCUCUAUAAUAUCUGUUGGAGUAUUAAAAGCAGGAAAUGAUGCAGCCUACCAUUGAUUAUAGUAUAAUCGGUCAAAAUGAAUGGAAGUUUCAAAAUAUUUACUGUCGGUGAACUUUCUUCCCAAGAGCCCACGACCCUCGUUAUUUUAUGGAAGCUGAAAAUUUCUCUGUUUAUGUCUCCAAUACAGGUAAGGAUGACCCCCGACUAUGAAGUUCCGAUUGUGGCAAGUAAAAGGUAGUUAAGGUGUAUAAAAUAGUACCUUAAAUUCUUUAAAAUAUACACUUCAAUUUGUAUUUUCUCCAGGAUAUAUGUAGAAAUAGCGUUAUCUAUUUCCAGACACUUUUUACAGUCGCCAGACAUCCCCAAACUGUUUUUCCAUCUUGCCAGGCACAUAUUCUUGUCAUUAAAUCUCAGGUAACUUUUGAUGAAAUUGUUGUAAUUUUUGUUAUUCAAUUCCCAGUAACUACACUGGUAAAAAUCAUUCAUAUUCUUGGUAUUGAUAUAUCUAUAUACCUCAAAAUAUGGACAAAGACAUGUCGACGAAUUCAAUUCAUUUUCAAGACGGUAGUGGGUACUAAUAAGUUUAUCUCGUUGGUUUUCUGAGAAAUACCGUAUUGCGUCAUUGCAUAAAUUUAUUUCUUUCACUAGAAAGCUCCUUCAAUGUUUGUACCUCUCCUUCAGAUUCGUGUAAAGUGUUUUCUCGUUCGUUAGCACUUUUUUGGGAGGGUUACUUGAUUUUUUGUUCCAAAAACUCACCAUUAAUCAAUGGCAAGUAAGUCUCAAUAUCUGGUAGUACUGUUUCUUUAAAUAAAUCUUUAGCAAUUUUUUCUAAUUAUGUGUUAGCGACCUACUUCCAGAAUGGAACACGUUUAAAACAAAAAAAAUAUUUACACUCAAGCAAAUUUAUAAAUAUAAAUAAAUGACUUCUCAGCACUUCCAAUAUUCUGUGGGUAGGAAUAGCUCAGAGUUUGAUGGUUAAAAUCAAGUUGUAAAAGUGGAGGGAGGCAACUCUGUACUAUUAGGAAUGUUCAAUUGAAUAUGGACCCCGCUGGGGCUCAAUGUAUUUGUUCAAUUUUGUAUUUGGGAAAUUUUUUUUUUAAUUUGCUAAACCUUUUUUUAACAUCAGCAUUCAAACGCUGUGUAAUAAAAAUUAUUGAACACGAAAGUGAAGAUACAUUUGGGACUUUUUCAAUGUUUUUGUUCUGUGCAAGUUUAUUUCAAAUAUAGGAUUUUUCCAAACUGGAAUUAGAUUAAAACUCCCAAAGUUUACUGUUGCACCUCCAUGCGCCCCAUAUUAGAUAUUAUGUCAUAAUACAGAGCUAAUAAAAUAUAUUAUGACUCAAUUUCUCCUCAAAAGCUCAUAAAUGCUCGACCUUGUUUAUCAUCAAGAUUAUGAUUGAUGAAGAAUAGCAAAUUCUCUGAGAGAUAAUACACUGAAAAGAACAUUCACAGUUAUCUCUGCACUGUCAUUUUGUUUGCUAUUUAUGUAAAAUAGAGGUGAGGAAAAGUGUUUCGUCAAUUGGAAUAUAUUAAAUAAAAGUUAAAUUAGCACCAGUGUCAAUUUUUUUAGGUUAUUUAUUAAAAAAUUUGGAACUUUGUUAAAAGUCAUUUUUCAAUUCGUCUACAACAUCUACAUUCAUAUUAAACAUUAUAUCUGCACUAACUCCAUUUUGUUGAGUUUUGAACUGUAAUUUACAGGGUACAAUUAAGACACUUUUUCCGCGUAAUAAGAAGCAUUUCUUUUAUUUUGUCUUUUGUGGAAAUAUUUUGGCAGAAAAAAAAUCAUUUUGUUUUGGUUGGCAGUGUAGAAAUUUUGAAUUUUUUAUUCUGUUUGUUCAUAUGAAAUUUGUCAGUUUCCAAUUACCAAACCCAAACGAAACCAUUGAAAAGUUGCAAAAUCAAAAUUGGAAAUUAGAAACAAAAAGGUAUUUGUUGCAGAAUUGGUAGAUGAUUAAUUAUGUGUGAUCACAAUAUUCAAUAAAUUUCAAUUGAAAAUGUAUUUUCAUUCUACUUCGACGCACUUCAUAAGAUUUUGUAAAAUAUUUGAGGGGUUUAUAUAAAAGAAAUAUGAGCAUACAUGUGCCAAAAGUACGCAACUAUGUAUUGUAUGAAGAAAAAUGAAUCAGAAUGUGACAUGUCAAUAUCUAAUCAUUCAUAUUUAAAAAUUCAAAUACUGGUUUCUUUGACUAAUAUUUUUAUAAAAUUGCAGAGACGUAUUUUUCUAUUAAUCAUUUUAAACUUUUCAUGAAAAUUCUUCAAAAUUACAGUCUUAUAUGUCUCUACAAUUAUUCCAAACAUAUUAAUUUAGUCAAGUAAAAAAAAACAACUAUUUUGUGUACCCAAUUUCUAUUUAAUAUGUAAAAAAUUGAAAAUGUGACUAGAAUUCUGAAAAAAAUUCAUUGUGAAAUUUGUAGUCCAUGAUAAAGUUGAAAUAGAUGAUAAUAAUACAAAUUUUAAGUAUAGUCCAGUCAUCCUAGGCCAAAUUAGGUCAAAAAAUAGUAUAUUACCACGUAUAAUCUCAUAUUUUGGCAUCCUACAACUAUUCUCAAAAUUCACAUUUUUGCAAAUAUCUCGUUUUCUAUGGGUUUUACGCUAUUUGUAUUUAUUAUCAAUAUUUUAGAGAAUUCAAUUCUCUACAACUUUUGUAUUUAAUAUUUUUUUAUAUCUUGAACUGUUUUCGAGAUAAAGAGCGUAGAGCGCGCGGUCAGAGAAUUAUCUGAGUUCAACGGGUAGUCCCGAUCAAAAACUCCUAAUAUUGAGGUUAUAAUGUAUAAUUAUACGUUUUUGUUAACUUUUAGAUGAAAAUAAUAUUUUUUUGGUUACUUAUCUAUUUUCAAUUGAAUACCAAUUUAUUUGAUAACACUUACCUGGUCAUGUAAUUAGGAAAUUGUUGAGGAAAAUACUUAAAUUUCAAUUCUAAUCUAAUUUAUACUUUUAUAUAAAUAAAGUGGAAAAGAAAUAGAUUUUUGAUUAAUGUUUAUUAUUAAACGUGUCAUUUUAUAGAUUUAUUAUUGUCAAAAUUAAUAAAUAUUUCGAGAACAAGUUCUAAUUUCAAUUCUCUUCUUCUUCAUCGUCGUCAUCGUCCCCCUGCAACAGAGUUUCAAAUUCCUCUUCAUUACCGUCUUCUUCAACGAUAUUUGUCUCCAUGUCAUUCAUGAUUUUUGAGUCUAAAACAUGCCGUAACCAAGUUUCAAUUUGAUAAUAAACGCGAUUGAAAUGUUGGUGGAAUAUUUGAUAACUGCACAGGUUUAUUCGACUUUGUUGACUUGGCGAUGAACCGAACAGUUUUCUUCUUCAAAUUCGGCAGCAAGUUUACGGAUUUUAAAUAAGAUGCACCCAAAUAUUUUCUGCUACAAAUGCUAUUAGUGUAAAUGAGAAUAUAAUAAAAAUGUAAUUUAAGUAUGUCCAUUAGUAAUUUUUCAAUUACCGAAAGAGAUUAUGAGUGUUAUUGAAUUGGUAAAUUUUAGAAUUAUUAGAAAGAAAGAUUGAAUUUAAUCUAAAAAUUAAUAAAAAAAUAAUUAUAUAUUUAGCAAUAAACUAUUACCUUGAUAUUACGAGUUUUUAUCCGGACCACCAUUUAACCUUAGGUAAUUCUCUGAUCGCACGUUCUACGCCCUAUAUCUCGAAAACAGUUCAAGGUAUCAAACAAUGUUAAAUCAAAAGUUGUGGAGAAUUGAAUUCUCUACAAUAUCAAUAGAAAACGAGUGUUUUAUCGUAAAGUGGUUUGUAAUAUGAUACACACUGGAGAACAAGUUUAUUUAUGUAUCCAUAUUAAAUAAAAAAAACGACCCAAUUAAAGUUAACCUCAAAAUACAAAAAAUUAGUGCGAAGGUGCAUGCGCAAGCACAGUUCGCAGAGUCGUUGUUAAAGUUCAUUAGAAAUUGCAUUUAUUUCGGAAAUCGAAAAGGUUAGUUUCAGAAAAUUGCUACAAUCAAAUAAUCAAUCUGAUAGUGAAAUCUUAAAGCUUCCUUUUGUUUUAAAAUCAAGUACAAAAGCCUUAUUUAACAUAUUAUAAGGCAGAUACUAUUUUACUGUGGCUGUCACUAAAUGAAACAAAUCCAAGUUUUAUAACCUCAAAUUUUAUUAGAUUUAUUCAAUUAGACCCUCCAAACCACCUAGUUAAUUCAAUGGCAUUGAUAUUCACUUCUUCUACAAGUACAUUUGAAAGUAUGUAAGCUUGUAUAGAAUUCUUGUAUAAUUAAGAAAGUAGAUCGAGCAACCUCUUGUUGACUUCGUUACCUGUUUUCCCAACUUGUUUUUUAAGCAAAGUUUCACCUAUGAAGUCAGCAAGUGCCUGAUGAGAAUUAGAAAUAUACCUCAAAAGUCUCUGUAAACAUAAAAAAGGCAAGUAGGUGAGUAGCAAAAAUUAGAAUGCUAGGUGACAUCAAAAACAUAAUCUCGAUAAUCGAAACGUUUCCCUAUGAAUUUGUAACUUUCAUUUUCAUUAUAUUUAUUUCCGAAAUCGAAAAGUGCUACAAUCAAUUAAUCAGUCUGAAUGAUAUUUAGUUUGUUGUUAAACCAAAAGUGAUGAUAAAAAUUUUGAUUGUCCAUUGGUACAUUUUGUAAAAUAUAUGGAAAACAUAAUAAAUUCAGUCAAAUUUUAGGGCUUCUUAUUGUUGUUUAGUAUCAAGUACGAAAGCGUGGAAGGAAUUGCUAGGUCAAAAUAUUUCAUACGAUGAAUUUCGUCAUAUUAUUCGACAUAUAAGGCUGUUACUAUUGCACUGUGACUGUCACUAAAUAAAACAAAUCCUUUGCUCUUCUGUGUGGAUGUCAAAUUUCUAAAAGUACAAAUAAACAUUUUUUCUAACCUCAAAUGUUAUAUAAUGCACGAUUGAAUAUUAGGUGGAGUUUUCAGAAUUCUAGUAACACUUUCAAAAUGAAUACAAUCAUUUUUAAUAAAGCGAAAACUUGUAUAAUAUCCCAACAACAAUUGUCGAUUUGAAAUGUUAUGUAUCUACAAAGUAAUUUCAAAAUAAUUUCUUAACAUAACAAUAAACUUUUGUACAGAAAA